AGUGUUUGACAGAAACAUGGACUCGGGGGUCUUCUUUAUAUGAAGCUGUAAUUUAUGUCAUAGAUGGCCUUUUGCUGUGUUUUUGAGCGGGUUCACCACACUGGAGCAUAUACUACUUAUAGAAAGUAGUGUUUUGCAUGUACAUUAGGUUUUAAGAGCAUCGUGCAAAUGUUUCAGCAUGUCAUAAAUGGUCUUGUACAGUGGUUUUAAAUAAGUUCGCAACAAUAAUGCCAUAAGGAUGCACUGGAUGGUCAUGGAGAAUACUAGAUUACUGAUGAGUGACUUUAAUUAUUAAUUCCACUAGUUGCUACUUAGAAUAUAUAUAAUAUUCCUUAGUUUUCUGUAAUUAAAAUAGCUUUUGAUGAGUGGCACAAAUUUAAAAAUAGAAAUAGAUCUGCAAGACCUAAGUCUUACAGUACUAUUGUUCAACUGAUUCAAUCACGUGAACUUCAGCUGAUUAUCUAUGGGUCACCAGAUCAGCAACCAUAAGCAUCUACUGUGUUUAGGAAUAAGCAUCUACUGUGUUUAGCUUAUUUAGUUUAUUUUAGUUUAUUUUGCACUUUGUGUAUUGUAGGAGCACAAAACGCCAAACUGAUUCUCAGUUGAAUUGGGACAGUGGGGAGGUACAGACACCAUUUAAUUGAAGCUGUUGAACUGUAUGUUACAUGUUAUAGUUUUCUAGUUUUUGUAAACGAUUUCAUGACCUCUCUAUAUCUCCUUAAUGAUUCACUAAGUUUAUUUAUUCAUAUACUCCAAUGAGUAGAAAUAUUACUUCAAGAAGCUGGCACAUGGGGCGGUAUGGUGGUGCAGUGGUUAGCACUGUUGCCUCACACCUCUGGGACCCAGGUUUGAAUCUCCACCUGGGUCACAUGUGUGCGGAGUUUGCAUGUUCUCCCCAUGUCGUCGUGGGGUUUCCUCCGGGUACUCCGGUUUCCCCCCACAGUCCAAAAACAUACUGAGGCUAAUUGGAGUUGCUAAAUUGCCCAUAGGUGAGCAUGAGUGAAUGGUGUGUGAAUGUGCGCUGCGAUGGGCUGGCCCCCCAUCCUGGGUUGUUCCCUGCCUCGUGCCCAUUGAUUCUGGGAUAGGCUCCGGGCGACCCAGUAGGAUAAGUGGUUUGGAAAAUGGAUGGAAGCUGGCACAAAUAAUUGCAAGAGUUGUUUCUGUUCCCAUAAGCAUGUGUUUUAUGCAUUGACAUUGUCUGAGAGGUCAGUGAUCUUGGUCCUAAGCCUGCCCAAAUUAUGAAUUAUGACAAUGAUUCUAGCAGUUUUUAUUGACUGCUGGUCUAGAUAUUAUUUUUUGUGUUUAUCUGAACUUCUUCAUUUAAUCUGUUUUGAAGGUAGCCACCAAACUUGAUUUUUGCAAGACAGGGGGUCACAGAUCAUCAUUUCCAAAUGAGAAUGUUGAGAAGCAGCCCUGUAAGCAUGAGGUCAUCCAUGCAAAUUUUUCAAGCAUGGACAAAUGUUCUGCAUGUUUUGGACCUGUGGCGCCACUCAAGUGGAUUGGUCUGAGGUGUAAAGUGUGCUCUAAAUUUUGGCACAAGAACUGCUUUGCAAAAUUUGAAAAGAAUGAUGAAGAACCACUUUCAUGGGAUAUAGGAUUUUCAAGUUCUGAUGAGGAAGUGUCACUCUCAGAUGAGGAAUAUGUCCCAGACUCAGACAGUGAAUCGUGCAGUUCAGUGGAGUUAGCAGCAGGAUAUGUAAACAAUGUCCAAAACAAAUGUUCCUCAAAUGAACAGAACGUGAAAGUUGCCACCUCAGAGUGCACCAAAUCUCAGAAAACAAAGUUGAACCAGGAAGGUGUAAGCAAAGGUUCACAGUAUUUGAAGGCCAGGAAAGUGUCUUGUUUAAAUGAGGAUGAUUUAUUUUGUUGUCUGGAGGAGUUGACAAGUGGAGAAUCAGACAAUGAGUCAGACAGUUCUGCAGAAGGGACAGAUUUACUUUCAAGCACCAGUCAAGUUAAACGCCUUUCAGAGAUCAAAAGAUCAUCAAAAGUUGACGCUUUAAUUAAUAGAUCAGAUCGUGUUUCUUUGCCCAGAAAAGACCAUAAAACACCUACAAGUGAACAGCAGUUGGAAAUAAUAGGUGGUACUAGUGCACUUGAUUUGCCUGGAGAUUAUAAGGAUGUAUCAGUGGCAGGAGCAAAGGGUAACAUGGCUGGAGCUGAGAAAUGUCUUCAAUCAUCAGACAUUUCUUGUUCUGAAAAUAAGAAUUACUGUUACAUUUGUGGGAAACCACAGUCAAAAAUAUCUCGUCAUUUAAAAACCCAUUUGACUGAAGUUGAAGUUGCAGAAGCACUGUCAUUUCCAAAACGCUCAAAAGAACGCAAAAGACUACUAGAAAAAAUUCGGAACAAGGGGAACUAUCGGCAUAAUUCCAAUGUAUUAGAGAAAGGAAAUGGGUUGCUUAAAGUAAAACGAAGGCCAAACAAAGAUUGUGAUUCAAAACAGUUUGUGCAUUGUAUGUACUGCAAAGCAAUGUUUGGGCGUAAAGAACUAUGGCGACAUGUGAGAAGAUGUUCCUCAAAGCCAGGUUCAGUAAGUGAACAUCAGGGACGGACCAGAGUGUUGGGUUUGGCUGCCAUGGCAGAGUCUACAUCUUUGCAGCAGAUAUCUGGAGGAGUUUGGAAGCUCUUGAGUGCAAUGAAGCAAGAUGACAUAUCUUCUGUUGUACGCAAUGACUUCUGCAUUCUUCAGCUAGCGCAGUCAUUCUUCAACAAACAUGGAAAUGACCCUACCAAGUUUGAAUAUAUUCGUCAGAAGCUUCGAGAAAUUGGGAGGUUUUUGAUAACAUUGCGCAGUGAGUCCUCUAUAUACAGCCUUGAGGAAGCUAUAAAACCAGCUAAUUUCCAGCAUGUUAUUGAAGCUGUGAAGAAAGUGUCAGGUCAUGACGAAGAAAAAAACUACUACCAAAGGCCAAGCCUAGCAUUGAAAUUGGGCCACACAUUGCAAAAGGUCUGCGAGCUCAUCCACUGCAGAGGUCUAAUGGCAGAAGAUGAAGAGUUAAUUAAGUCAAGCUAUAUACCACCAAGUGGUCUGAGCUAA